GUUGCCCUGGGCUCGACCGCUGCAGGCCGAACCUGUCCGAAGAGAUCCGAGAAGGAGCGAUGCCCACGGCGUCGUGCCCCAGAGCUGAGGCGACUGGACGAGCCCCACCCCGCGGCCAGGCCGAGCCAGCGAUGAGGACUUCUGCCGAGCGGCCACGCCCGGGUCCUGGGCCGCCUCCAGUGUUGCCCUUCCCGCUGCUGCUGCUGGCGGUGCUGAGCGGCCCGGUGUCCGGCCGCGUCCCGGGCUCGGUGCCCAGGAUCUCGCUCUCUAUCUCGGAGGCUGACUCCUAUCUCACUCGGUUCUCCGUGCCCCAGAGAUACAAUUACUUUGUUCUCCUUGUGGAUCCUGCUUCCCACACACUUUAUGUCGGCGCCCGGGACACCAUCUUCGCCUUAUCUUUGCCCUUAUCAGGGGCACGACCCCGCAGGAUUGACUGGAAGGUGCCUGAUGCCCACAGACAGAACUGCCGGAAGAAAGGCAAGAAGGAGGAUGAAUGUCACAAUUUCAUCCAGAUUCUCGCCAUUGCCAAUGCCUCUCACCUCCUCACAUGUGGCACCUUCGCCUUUGAUCCGAAGUGCGGGGUUAUUGAUGUGUCCAGUUUCCAGCAGGUUGAAAGACUUGAGAGUGGCCGGGGGAAAUGUCCUUUUGAGCCAGCUCAGCGGUCAGCAGCUGUAAUGGCUGGGGGCGCCCUCUACGUGGCCACCGUCAAGAACUUCCUGGGGACCGAGCCCAUCAUCGUGCGGGCGGCAGGGCGCGCGGAGGACUGGGUGCGCACGGAGAUCCUGUCCUCCUGGCUGAACGCGCCAGCGUUCGUGGCUGCCGAGGCCUUGAGCCCUUCCGAGUGGGGGGACGAAGAGGGCGACGAUGAAAUCUACUUCUUCUUUACGGAGAAUUUCCGAGGAUUUGACCCAGACGAAGUUAUCAAGGUCCCCCGCGUGGCGCGUGUGUGCGCGGGGGACCUCGGGGGCCGGAAGACCCUCCAGCAGCGGUGGACGACAUUUCUGAAGGCUGACCUGCUUUGCUUAAGGCCCCAGAACGGCCUGCUGUCCAGUGUCCUACAGGACGUGGUCGUUCUUCGGCCUGCUUCUGGAACGGGCUCGCCCAUUUUUUAUGGCAUCUUUUCCUCCCGGUGGGAGGGGGGCACACUGUCUGCCGUCUGUGACUUCUGGCCACAGGACAUUCGGUCAGCUCUCAGCGGGCCUUUCAGAGACCUGGGACACGACUGCAACCGGAGGCUGCCUGUCAUGGCCAAUGAGGUCCCCCAGCCCAGGCCAGGAGAGUGCCUCGCCAACAACAUGAAGCUCCGGCAGUUCAGCUCGUCCCUCGCCCUGCCGGACCGGGUGCUCACCUUCAUCCGCGACCACCCGCUCAUGGACCAGCCGGUAACCCCGCCCGGUGGCCGCUCCCUGCUGGUCACGCGCGACACAGCUUAUGUGAGAGUCGCGGCCCACAGGGUGACCGGCCUCUCGGGGAGAAAGUAUGACGUGCUCUACCUGGGCACAGAGGACGGACACGUGCACAGGGCGGUGCGGAUUCAAAGCAGGCUGAGAGUCCUGGAGGACCUGCCUCUGUUUCCCCAGCCGCAGCCAAUCGAGAGCAUGAAACUGUAUCAAGGCUGGCUUCUGGUGGGCUCCGGGACCGAGGUGACGCAGGUGAACACCACCGACUGCGGCCGCCUGCAGAGCUGCUCCGAGUGCGUCCUGGCGCGGGACCCCGCCUGCGCCUGGAGCUUCCGGGCGCGCGCCUGUGUGCCGCACGCCCGCGAGCGCGGGAGGCUGGUCCAGGAUGUGGAAUCAGCAAACGCCUCUUCCUUGUGCCCCAAAGAACCUGGAGAACAUCCCGUAGUGUUUGAAGUUCCUGUGGCUGCCGCUGCUCAUGUGGUCUUGCCGUGUGCCCCCAGCUCCUCGUGGGCAUCCUGUGUGUGGCACCAGCCCAGCGGAGUGACUGAGUAUGGCCCAGGGCAGGAUGGACUCGUGGUGGUGGUCACCCCAGGGGCCAUGGGCGCUUAUGCCUGUGAAUGUCAAGAGGGGGGUGUGACCCGCGUGGUCGCAGCUUAUAGCUUGGUGGGGGGCAGCCGGCUGGGCCCAGCGGGUCAGGCCCACACUGUGGGGGCUGGACUAGCUGGCUUCUUGCUGGGGGUGCUUGCGGCCUCCCUGACCCUCCUCCUGAUUGGUCGGCGUCAGCAGCGCCGGCGACAAAGGGAACUUCUGGCAAGAGACAAGGUGGGCUUGGACCUGGGGGCCCCGCCCUCUGGGACCACAAGCUAUAGCCAGGACCCUCCCUCGCCCUCCCCUGAAGAUGAGAGGCUGCCCCUGGCCCUGGCCAAGAGGGCCAAUGGCUUCGGAGGCUUCCCCCCACCCUUCCUGCUGGAUGCCUGCCCAAGCCCAGCCCACGUUCGGCUGACAGGGGCUCCCCUGGCCACAUGUGAUGAGACGUCCAUCUAGGACUGGGCAAAGCCACUGGAACCGGAUGGAAUGGCCACUGCAAUGCUGAGAUCGCCGGGCCUGCGGGACUGACUGUCAUGACCUCAGUCCUCUUUGGCCUGGCUCUCUCUGUCUGCCCUCUCCCGGCUGCUGGGCGCCGGCCAGGCCUUGGCUCGCUUCCAGAUUCCCAUCAGACGCCAGAACUGCUCGCUGUAGCAGAUGAAGACUUUUCCCACCCCCCACCCCCCAUCCGGCUUUCUGGACUUUUGUGGCCCCUUCAUCCCUGGCUUCCUGAUCUGGGGCCCAUUCAUGGGGAAAUGGGCCUGUUCACAGGAUAGGCCCUGAUGUUGCCUGCUGGCUGGGCGCGGGCAGGAAGGAGGCAGUAGAGGAGGUGGCGGGAGGCAAAUGUGCGGUGCGGCCUUUUGCUGCUUUUCUCAGUCUAUCUUGUUCUCAGUGGGGACUGCAUGAUCCCCGGAUUGCUCCCUGGCACCUCUGCCCUGAGACCCCAACCUUCAUCCCAGUUUUUCCUUCUUCCUGGAAAGAGCAUGUGUAAAUACCCACGUGUUUGCAGACUUGGCCACAGGCUGAGGAAUGAGGAGACCCUCGCCCAGGUGUUUGGGACGGCAGGAGUGGGAGAGGAUGGAACGGGGGCACUGCCUGCGGAACAUUUAUCUUCCUGUAGCCGGUGAAGGGGCGAGCUCCCUUUCUAACAGGAAGCAGACCCCAGCUUCUGUUCCUUGCGCCUUCCACGGCCCUUUCCUCGAGUAGAGAACAACUCCCCAAGUGACCUUCUGGGUGGGAGGGGCAGUGGGGACACGUGACCCCAUCUUUCUCGUUGUUUUUUCUCAGUCUGCCAUUCGCCAUGCACAGCCACACGUUCUCUGGCAGGCGAGUGGGCUGAGACCCCUUUCCUCAUUUCCCAUGGAAAGAAUCUUCAUGACAUUGUAAAUGUUAGGGAAUGACAAAAGGGAACAGUUGGUCAUAGAAAAUACAAGCAACGUAGAGAGAGAGGUUUGUGUCACCUCAGUGACUUUACUCAGGGUGGUACCCCCGCCUCCAAAGCCGGAGUUCUCCAUCUUUAGGAUUCUCUACAGUUGUAUGCAAAACACGCUGUCUGUCUGUGUCUGUAUGUUCAUGGGGGUGGUUUUAUGGCUCUCAUCAGAUUCUCAAGGCCUUAACAAAGUCAAAGGACCAUUGCCCCAGAGUCACCAACCUUGGAGCAGAGAUGGUGGCCCUGGGCGGUCUUUCCUGGCCUUGCUACUGCCCCUUGUGGCCUGUCCUGGAAUUGCAGCCGCUGGACGCCCUAUUGGAUCUGUCCGGGGAAGCCAGGCUCUGUGUUUUUGAAAACACUGUCAAUUCUCACCAAACUCAAACUUUUCCUGCUUCACAACACCCGGAUGCUCUAGGCUUCUCCUGCUCAAUUCCAGUCUCGGCCUGUGAAUGUGCCUCGUUCAUUCCUGGUGAGGGGCCCUUUGGAUGGCAAUGAAUGAUCCAACCCUUCCCAGUUGAAGUUUGCAGCUGUAUUUCCCUUGGCAGCAGCCUGUGAAACCACUCAACAAAGUCCCCCUUGGUUUGGAAUGACCAGUGGCUUUGCCGUUAAUAACACCUGUGGUCUUUAGCAAGUCAUCUAACCUAAGACCAUCAUUGUACUCAUCUGUAAAGUGGGGAUAGUAAUACCUACCUCAGGGUUGCUGCAAGGAUUCAGUGAGAAAUCAUGCAAACAAUAAAGCACUAUCAAUACCA